CUCUUUGUCCCGUUGCGGCCACCGUAACUUCCACUCGGUGACUCGCGAGAUAUCAACUAGCAGCAACAACAGCGUAAUUACAUUUAUAAAUCGACAAAAACUGUUUAUUUCUUUAUUUGUUUAGGUUCUGUUUGUUUAAUUUUUGCUGUAUGGUUGCUAAGGUUAGAAGUGUAAAGAGCGAUUUAAAUCGCCCUGUUGCAGCAAGUGGAAGUCACGAAUGGAAGUAAAUUGUGGUCUUACUAAGGCAGGUAACUGAAAAUGACCACUGCAGCAAGGCCAACGUUUGAGCCCGCACGAGGAGGGCGAGGUAAAGGAGAAGGUGAUCUCAGUGCUUUGUCCAAGCAGUAUUCCAGCAGAGACCUGCCUGGACACACCAAGAUCAAAUACAGGCAGCCCACUCAGGAUGCUCCAGAGGAGGUGAGAGCUCGUGAUUUCAGACGCGAGCUGGAAGAAAGGGAGAGAGUUACUGUUAAGAGCAGAGACAGAGGAGCAAGAGAACACACCACCUCCUCAUCCUCCUCAUCCUCGUCCUCCAAGCGGCCACGUCUUGAUCAGAUUCCUGCUGCCAACCUGGAUGCUGAUGACCCCCUCACUGAUGAAGAAGAUGACUCUGACUCAGGUUCUGACAGUGAUGAUGACACCGCUGCCCUGCUGGCUGAACUGGAGAAGAUCAAGAAGGAGCGAGCCGAGGAGCAGGAGAGGAAGGAACGGGAACAGAAAGCAGAAGAGGAGAGGAUACGUAUGGAGAACAUUCUGAGUGGGAAUCCACUGCUUAAUCUGGCAGGCCAGCAACAACAACAACCACAGACCCAAAGCACAUUCAGUGUAAAAAGAAGGUGGGAUGAUGAUGUCGUGUUUAAGAACUGCGCUAAAGGAGUGGAUGAAUCUCGUAAAGAGAAACGCUUCAUUAAUGACACGCUGCGGUCUGAAUUCCACAAAAAAUUCAUGGAGAAAUAUGUUAAAUAAGACGUUAUUAUGUUUCAACCAUUUUUAUUUUGUAUUUUUCUUUAGUAAAUGUCGUUGUCCUUUUUAAAGUUGUUCAUUUUGUGAUUACAAUUCUGUAAUAUAAAUGUACUUUCAAUAAACACUGAAAAAAUUUAA